AUGGGCAGGUGCAGGCCCUCCCUGCCCUUGGAUGCUCCGACACAGCUGGAUCUGGAGAAGUUUUCGGCAGAGCCUCUGCUACCAUACAACGUGAUGAGCUCUGCCGGCCAGAGCCCCAGCGUCCCCAUCUGGGCUGUUCAUCCUCGGGACAGUGCUUUGGAUGGAAAAGUCAUCAACAAAGACUUGCGCCACUACUUGAGCCUUCAGUUCCAGAAGGGCUCGAUAGACCAUAAACUCCAGCAAGUGAUCAGAGACAAUCUCUACUUGAGAACCAUCCCUUGCACUACAAGGGCUCCCAGAGAUGGGGAGGUCCCUGGAGUAGACUAUAAUUUCAUUCCUGUUGAGCAGUUUAAAGCACUGGAAGAAAGUGGAGCCUUGCUAGAAAGUGGAACAUAUGAUGGUAAUUUUUAUGGUACUCCGAAGCCUCCAGCAGAGCCCAGCCCCUUUCAGCCUGAUCCAGUGGAUCAAGUUCUUUUUGACAAUGAUUUUGAUACCGAAUCACAGAGGAAAAGAACCACAUCUGUCAGCAAAAUGCAAAGGAUGGACAGUUCUCUCCCUGAAGAGGAGGAAGAGGAGGAAAAGGAAGCAGUUAAUGGCAGCGGAGGGAUAGAAAACAAAGAAAAACAUUCAGAUUCUCCUGACUGGAUGAAACCUGUUCCCAGCUACAACCAGACAAGCAGCUCCAUGGACUUCAGAAAUUACUUGUCGAGGGAUGAAACUCUGGAACCACUGCCUAAGAACUGGGAGAUGGCCUACACUGACACUGGCAUGAUCUACUUCAUUGAUCAUAACACCAAGACAACCACGUGGCUUGAUCCGCGGCUCUGUAAGAAGGCCAAAGCUCCUGAAGAUUGUGAAGACGGAGAGCUUCCUUAUGGAUGGGAAAAAAUAGAAGACCCUCAAUACGGAACAUACUAUGUUGAUCAUAUUAACCAGAAAACUCAGUUUGAAAACCCAGUAUUGGAAGCCAAAAGAAAGAAACAUCUAGGACAGACUGAUGUUGGCCCUUCAAAAUCAGGACCAGAGAAGUCUGUCUUCACUAGAGAUCCAUCUCAGCUUACAGGAGCACUUAUACGGACAUCACUGAAAAAAAGUACAAUGGGAUUUGGCUUUACAAUCAUUGGAGGGGACAGACCUGAUGAGUUUCUCCAGGUGAAGAAUGUCUUAAAAGACGGACCUGCUGCACAAGAUGGGAGAAUUGCACCAGGUGAUGUCAUUGUAGACAUAAAUGGAAGUUGUGUCCUUGGCCAUACCCAUGCAGAUGUUGUCCAGAUGUUUCAGCUAGUUCCCGUCAAUCAGUAUGUGAACAUGACUUUGUGUCGUGGUUAUCCUCUUCCUGAUGACAAUGAAGACCCUGUGGUAGAUAUAGUGACAGCUACGCCUAUUAUAAACGGACCGCCUGUGACCAAAGGAGAUGUUUGUGUGACCAGCCAAGAUUUAAUAGCAGGAGCAGUUGUGUUGGACCAGAAUGGAAAAGUGGGCCCUAUGUUGGUCAAUGGUCGUCUGAAUGGCCCUUCCAUGGAUACAACUGAGCAGAGGAUCUCUCUUGCAUCUUCAGGAGGCUCUCAGCCAGAGCUGGUCACCAUUCCUCUAGUCAAAGGUCCUAAAGGCUUUGGGUUUGCCAUCGCAGACAGUCCCACAGGACAGAAGGUGAAAAUGAUUUUAGACAGCCAGUGGUGUCAAGGCCUUCAGAAGGGGGACGUAAUCAAGGAGAUUUGCCAUCAGAAUGUACAGAGCUUGACACAUCUGCAGGUGGUGGAGGUACUGAAGCAGUUUCCAGUAGGAGCAGAGGUGCCGCUGCUUAUCUUAAGAGGAGGUCCACCCUCACCUACUAAAACUGCCAAAGGGAAGGACAAGCAGGACAGUUCUGGGAGUUUGGAAGCUGUCGGUGAUCCCAUCCCACAGCCAAUGCCAUUUCCACCCACUGCUGUACGACCAGGCUCUCCUAAACUGGACCCUUCGGAAGUCUACCUGAAGUCUAAGACUAUAUAUGAUGACAAACCUCCAAACACAAGAGAUCUGGAUGUUUUCCUGCGAAAACAAGAGUCAGGCUUUGGUUUCCGGGUGCUUGGAGGGGAUGGACCAGAUCAGCCUAUUUAUAUUGGAGCCAUAAUCCCAUUGGGAGCAGCAGAAAAAGACGGCAGGCUUCGAGCUGCGGAUGAACUGAUGUGUAUUGAUGGGGUCCCUGUUAAGGGGAAGUCACACAAACAAGUUUUGGACUUAAUGACCAGUGCUGCACGGAAUGGUCAAGUGCUGCUCACAGUCCGGAGGAAGAUCAUCUUUGGUGGGGAAAAGCAACCGGAGGAGGAAGAGUUGCAGCCUGUCUUGACGCAAAACGGCUCUCCCCGACUGAAUCGGGUAGAGUUUGCAAACCAGCAGUCCCCAGAGGUCUAUGAUGUCCGUCUGCAGCGGAAGGAAAAUGAAGGAUUUGGCUUCGUCAUCCUCACCUCAAAGAACAAACCUCCUCCUGGUGUGAUUCCUCACAAGAUUGGGCGAGUUAUAGAUGGGAGCCCAGCUGACCAGUGUGGGAAACUGAAAGUGGGAGACCGCAUCUCGGCGGUGAAUGGUCAAUCCAUCGUUGAGCUCUCACAUGACAGCAUAGUGCAGCUGAUCAAGGACGCAGGGAACGUGGUGACUCUGACUGUCGUGGCUGAGGAAGAACACCGUGGUCCUCCAUCAGGAACAAACUCCGCCCGGCAGAGUCCAGCUCCACAGCACCGACCACUGGGAUCAACGCAGAUCAACCCUUCUGGCGCAGACAGGGGAGCUACGGAAAGUGAAGCUGGAAAAGAAGUUUCAAAUAGUUACAGGCUUUCCUGGCCCGAGCAUAAGCACUUGACACAGUCUGAUGCUGGUGUUGCUUCAGUUAUUGGUAGCCGUCAUUCCCAGAAUCCUGGCUGUUUCCCAGUAGAGCUGGAAAGGGGCCCUCGAGGAUUUGGAUUCAGCCUUCGAGGAGGAAAGGAAUACAACAUGGGCUUAUUCAUCCUUCGACUUGCUGAAGAUGGGCCAGCUGUCAAAGAUGGGAGAGUACAUGUUGGUGACCAAAUUGUUGAAAUUAAUGGAGAACCCACCCAAGGAAUCACUCACACACGAGCCAUUGAGCUGAUUCAGGCUGGAGGGAAUAAAGUUUUGCUGCUGCUGAGACCAGGGACUGGCUUGAUACCAGAUCACAGUGAUUGGGAUAGUUAUAAUCCAUCUUCGUCAAAUGUAAUAUAUGAAGAACAGUCACCAUUAUCUUCAUCUUCACAUUCUGCUUCCCCAUCUGAAGUGUGUUAUUUACCAGUACCAGGAGAAGCUUUAACGAGAGUUCAGCUGUCUGAGAAACUGGAACAAGCAAAGAACACUGUGCCUGAAAAGAUAAGCACUUUAACUGAAAACCAGUUUGAGAUGAAGCCUCAGUCUUCUCCCCAGAGAACAAAGAACAGAUGGGAAUGUCCCUCCAGCCCUGGGUUUGAAAUCACAACAAGUAGUUUGGAAGUAGGGACCAGAAGAGACAGAUCUGCAAGUCCAGAAAAGUUAGUGGCUGCUGAGGGACACCUUCACACAGGAUUCCAUGGCCCCAGAAAAGGGGACCCUGAAAAAACCUACAGCAAUCUCUCGCAUAAAUCUGACAGUUCCAGAAAGAGUGAGAAUAAACCCACAGAAACCGGGAUGAACAAUAGUAACAAAAAAGAGUAUUCCAGUGGAAAGCAAGGAAGGUCUGCCAGUCCCCAAAAGCAUCUCAGUAAGCAAGGAAAUGUAGAAAGGGUAGGCAGGUUACAAGAAUAUCAGAAUAGAACAACUGGUGGUGGUAAGAUGACUGUUGAGCAAUUGAAAGGUGGAAACGGUAAAACAGGAGUCACCAGGAAAGACACAAAGCAGAUGACUUCUGGAAAGAUGGAAGGGUGGUCUCCAGAACGACAACAUGCAGCAUUUGAUGACAAUCAUCUUCCAUUCAGUGACUCUAGGAGAAACGCAUCUGAAGAUGAAAAAACAAAGUUGUCAAACUCUGGAGAGCCAAGUUCCAGCAGAUUCAAAACUUCCAGUCUUUCCAAUAUUCCACUGCUUUCCAUGGAGAAACAAAGAAGGCUAGAAACACAGGAGAUGCUUAUGCUGAACAGACAACAUGGAGAGAGACACACGGAGCUACCCAAUGAAACCAAAGAUGAUGGAAUUUCCAAAUCCGAGAAUAGUUCUCCAGUUAAGAAAACACCAAUAACUCCUGGACCUUGGAGGGUACCAAGCGCAUGUAAAGUCACCCAAACAGCAGGUGUGGCUGAAAAACGGGUUUGA